CCCCUUAUAGACAGGACUUUCAUAAAGUUCCACAUGACAAAUCUCCCAUUUUCUCUUUCUUAAGUUUAUAUAUAUGAACAUUAUAGAAUUGUACUCUCUACCAAUCAACUAACUUUGUUUUUCUGAUUCAAGAACAAUCACUCCUCACUAUCAACCAUGGCUGAGCCUGAGAAGAAAACUGUAAUGGUGCUGAAAGUUGACCUCCAAUGCCCCAGCUGCUUCGAGAAGAUCCGGAAAAUUCUCUGCAGAAUUCCUCAAAUAAGAGAUAGGUGGUUUGAUGAAAAAGCAAAUACAGUGAAAAUCACUGUAAUAUGCUGUAGCCCUGAGAAGAUUCGUGACAAAUUGUGUAGCAAAGGUGGCAAGAUUAUUAAGUGCAUUGAAAUCGAAGAGCCCGGACCCGAAUCAAACGGCAAUGGAAAUGCACCACCGCUGGCACCCGGGCCGCUAGUAGGACUCGCACUGCUUUAUCCUGUCAAUCCUUGCUGUAGGCCGUGCUGUGAAGGUUACGGCGGUGGGCCGUGCUUCCAUGGUUAUGGCUUUCCGCCACCGCUGCCACAGCCGCAGCCGCGCUGCGACGGGAAUUACGCAUGUGGACCUGGAUAUAUAUAUGGCAGGUCGCCUUGCUGUGUUCCAAGGAGGUGCGAUUACUUCACUGAAGAAGAUACUACAAGCUGCAAAUUUAUGUGAUUUUGUUACAUAAUUUGGAUUUUCUGACAAUGGAUUUUGGGGCAUUAUACUGAGGGAAAAAUGAUAACUUCGUGGGUGGCCAGAUGUUUAUAACAUCUGAUGAUAAUAUAAGUUGUUAUUAAGAAAAAGUCUUUUACUA